AGUUGUUGAAGUUUUUAUCAAUAUUUUAAUAUUUGUGUUUAUUUUUUAAUUUUCCCUCCUUUUUUAAUUUAAAUGUCUAAAAGUAACAAUGACGAUUGUACAAAUUUUAUUAAAGUGUAUGAUAACAACUCCGAGCUGUUCAACAUACAAGGAUACAGAGAUGAGUCCUAUGACAGCAUUCCCACAUCAGAAUCAGAUUUUCGCGGUUUCGAGAAGGUGCCAAUAGUUCUAUGUCAACGUUUAGACAUAACUCCGUUUUUGAAUAAAAUGAGAUAUCCAUUAGCGCCUGAUAUUAAGGCAAAAAUUAUUUCCAACAAAAAUGCAAACAAUUCAAGUACAAAUAAGUUACUACUAUCAUGUUCUGUUAUGUUGGUACGAGAAGACCUGGAAAAGCUUAAGGAAAUGGUGAAAAAUAAUACACUAAGAAAUUAUAACUGCAUAAAGUGUAAAAUUUGUGAUAAAACUUAUUCAAAUUUGAAGAAAUUGCAUAAUCAUAAAGAGAACAAACAUAUGAUUAUUUAUAAAGCUCAUAAUAAGAUACCCAAGCGCGUAUCUUUCUCUGAUCAGAUUAUUAUUCAUGAAGUUAAAGAAUACCACCGAUGUAGGAAGUGCCCGCGAAUAUUCGAAGACUAUAAUACUCUCCGACUUCACAUGAAACAGAAGCAUAAAAAACGUAGAUGCUAUAUUUGUCAUUAUUGUUCUAAAGAUUUCGUCGAUAGGAUGUUUUUUAAAGUUCAUAUUAAAUUACACUGUGAUUCAUGCGGAUUGCUUUUGGCUAAUAAGAAAAAAUAUUUAGAACAUAGACGAUUUGUAUGUAGGAUAAUAAAGAAAUAUAAGUGUAUGACAUGUAAUAUGUCCUUUUUUAAUUAUAUGGAUUUAAAAGAUCAUAGUUACGAUCACUUGGGUACGUUUUUUAUAUGUGAUAUAUGCAAGGAUCAAUUUCAAACGAAAUGCGAAGUUGCUCAUCAUAUCAUGUUCCUUCAUACGGAAAAACAUUCCAACGAAUUGUAUUUAAAACGAGUGGAUGGAAUUUAUAAAUGUAAUUUCUGCAAAGAGACAUCAGAUCAACGACAUUGUAUACAAAAACAUGUGUCGACAUUACCCGAUCUGCAGAAUAGUGUAACAACGGGCUAUAAAGAUUAUUGCUUCUGUAAUGAGUGUUUGAAGAAGUUUACGUCUGAAAAGGACAUGUUGCAGCAUAAAUGGACACAUUUUCUAAAAACGUCAGAUAACUCUCAAUUACGGAACAAAGAAACUGAAACCAGAAAUAAAAUAAUAAAAACAACAUAUAAAUUAACCGACGAGCUGCCGGUUUACUUGCAACCUAAAGUUGUAUUGGAAAAAAUUAAAAUUACAAAUGAAUCUCAAUGGAACAAGAAAGAAAAUAAACCUGCGCUCAAUAUUGAUCAUUUUAAUUUUAAAGGGAUAUUAAAGAAGGCGGUCGUUGAUCCGAUCACGAAGAAAACUAUUAUAUCAAAACACAAAUGUGAGGAAUGCGGGAAAUAUCUAUCAUCGAAUUACUGUUUGAAUCGUCAUUUGUACUAUGUCCAUGGUGUUGUUAAGGAAUCUAACUGUGCGAAGCACUUCAAGUGUUCACAUUGUGGUGAAAUAUUUCUAUGGCAGUCACUAUUGAAAAAACACAAUUGUAUAAGGAUGGGACCAGAAAUGCAUUUUGGUGAUGCAAGGCCAGAAGAAAAUUUUGACUGUGACAAUGCAACGAAUCAAGAUGGUUUUGAUACUUAUAGAACAUCUGAUGAUGAUGAUGAUGAUUAUAUGAAUGAAGUUGAUAUUGAAAUACCCGCUCCAAUAGUGCAGCUAACCGAAUUUGAGCAUUUGGAUAUUGUUGUCAACGGUGGCAAUGGUCGUUUGAAUGUCAUCAACAAUAAAACAUAUUCGUUAAACGAUUUAGGUUGUAAGGUAGUAUUGCAAGAGGUACCCAUAGAAUUUUAAUUUGGUUGAACCAUAUUUUCAUAUUGGGUAAGUUUUUUUUUUAUUUGUUUUUUGUUGUUAUUUUUUUCAAAUAAACAUUAUGUUAUAGAAAUUUAUGAUUUGAAAUCUUACUUUGCAAUUAGAUCAGCUAUGGUUUUACAAUAGCUGUUUAGAGGGUGACUAGGGCAAUGUUGUGUCUUCUCCAUUCGAAUGUCAAAUCAAUGAUGAUAAAAAGAGAAAGCAUUGUCCAAUUAGACACCUGCUAAACAAUCUUAAUAAUAAAGCCAAAACUGUUUAUUUGGAUCUGACAUAUGGUCAUGACAUUUGGUUGUAUAAAUGGAAGGAUCUGCCUUAUUUUGAAGAUGUUAUUUGGUGGUGUAGAUAAAAUGAAAAUGUUGGUAACAAUACUAGUGAAAGUGUUCGCCCAGUGGUUGAAAUUCGGACAUAAUUAUAAUAUUUAUAUAUUUAAGGAAAGUAUAAUAUAUCUCCAAUCACGAGAGGGGUAAAGACAGAUAAACAACUCUGAAUUGGUCGACAUCUUGUAUAAUCUGUGGUAUCCACUUUAACAAUUUUCAAUGGCCGCGAACUUUUUAUCGGAUCUCUCGAAGUUAAAUAAAAGUGUUUAUAAGUAGUCAAGUAGAGGUCAAAGUCAAAAGUCAAAGUGAAAAAAUCUUUAUUCAAUACAGAAGCGUUACAUUUGCUUAUUGACUGUCAUAAAUCUACCACCGGUUCGGAAAUAAACACCUCAGACCUGAAAAAACGGCGAAAGAAACUCAGCGGGUUUUUUUUUUAUAUCUCAGCCUAAUAGUGUUGUAUUAUAAAUAAAGGUAAAUUAAAAAAAAGGCAAACUGUUUGUGUGUAAACAUAAUACAGCAGAAAUAUUAGCAAAUCGCAUAUUCCAUAUUUAAAUCUAUGGUUUGUUUGUCUUUACUCCUACUUUCAGAUCAGUGUCAGUUUGGAAUACAACCAUAGUCUCCUAUUGGUGAUGAAAAAUAUUAUUAUUGUAUUGGCAAUCGUUGCGUUAUAAACUGAGUCGUGAGGCAAUAAAUCGAUGUUAUUAGUCUGUCUCGCUCGCACUCAUUGGGUAGAGCGUAAUAAUUAUGUACCUAGCAUAGACUAUAUCGAAUCGAAUCGAUUUUAUAAUCGAUUGUACAAAAUUAAUAUAUUGUAUUGAAUUAUACAUAAAUGUAUAUAUUGUAUUGAAUUAUUAAAAUUUAGGAUAUUAUGGUUAGUAAUCAAAAUGCAAUAAAUAAGACGCAAGGCGUUUCGCAUUCUACUGACAUUUCUGACCCGACGACUGAGUUUAUAACGCGAAUGUGUGUCUGAGACGUAAUGUUAACAUUUUUUUUUAUGUGCUUUACAUGUCAAUAGUUUAUCGCUAUUCUACUUCUGAAUAUAUAUGAAUAUUUUUUUAUGUUUUAAAUAAAGUGUCAUCGUGCAGAUUUAGUAUCUGA